AUGCUGCUCUAUAUCAUUUCUCUCCCACUCGUUCUCUUCGCGACUGUUCGUACCUAUAAUCUCAUCAAAAACUACAACUCUGCGCGCAAAUACGGGCUGCCCAUCAUCCUUCUACCAGUCUCAUUCGAAGAUGUAUGGUGGAUAAUCAUCCGCCCCCUUUUCGCCUGGGUCGAACGUCUACCCCUGGGUCUCGGCGAUUGGUAUGUCUACACCGAAAUGGGCUGGCCAACAGUCGACGGCGACCGGACAACCAAGCGAUUAGGCGAGAAUUUUGUUCUCUGUUCUCCAUACAGCAAUCACAUCAUCACCUGUUACCCUCCCGGAGCCGAGACCAUCUAUAGAAAUCACAGUAAAUGGCAUUUCCCACCAGCGCAGUCUCAGAUAUUUGCGUUUUACGGACAGAACGUUUCGUCGACGACAGGCGCAGAUUGGCAGAGACAUCGGAAGAUUACCACAGCGGCAUUUAAUGAACAUUUCAUGCACGAGGUGUGGAGCGAAUCGACUAAAAAGGCUGCGCUUCUCAAUCUGUCGGAGGAAAAAGAUCGAAGACUCGACCGGGUUCGCUCCACGUUUGAUGUGCUUGCGAUGAAUGUGUUGGCAGUUGUCGGCUUCGGUCAAGAACGGCUAAUGAAUACGGCGACCGCUGGCCAUAAGCAGUCUUUGAUGGAAUGUUUGGGCUUUAUACUUCAGCAUAUUCUACUCACAGCUAUUUUCAACAGCCUCAAAGCUCCCGAUUUCUUACUACCCGGUGUGCUUCAGCAUUUGAAGCAGUCUGUUGGUGAGUUCAAGCUGUACAUGGAGGAAUUGGUGCUUCAUCAGAUGCAGCAGUCCUCGUCUGCCAGCAAGAACAAGGCUUCACCGCCAACUCUUCUCGAGGCAAUGGUCAAUGCCAACGAGGCUGAGAAACAGCAAUUGCAAAAGAUGGCCGGACGCCCUUCGUACUUGACUGAGUCGGAGCUUUAUGGUAAUCUCUUCGUGUUCAAUCUGGCUGGUUAUGAAACCACGGCAUCGACCAUGACAUUUGCCUUGUCAUUUUUGGCGACGAAUGCGGAAGUUCAGAGUUGGAUCGCAGAAGAGAUUGACCUCUAUUAUACCUCGCAGAGUGAUGAGAAGCGGGAAUACGCAACUACAUAUCCCAAACUCGUCCGGUGCAUGGCAUUGAUGUACGAAACUCUUCGUCUCGCCAGCCCAGCGCCAUUACUUGUACGAGGCCCGUCAUCCCCACAAGAACUCCCCAUCAUCCUACCAAACGGCGAAGAGGAAAUCAUCACCGUCAACCCCGGCACCCUUGUCGGUGGACAUUUCUACGGCGGUCAUCUGUCUUCCCGCUGGGGACCAGACGCACAUGUCUUUAGACCGAAACGGUUCAUCUCCAAGUCCGCUGUUACCGGCGAGGAAGAAUUGGUUGUACCCUCCAACACACUGUUUAUUCCGUGGUUGGCUGGGCCGCGUGUCUGCCCCGGCAAGAAAUUCAGUCAGGUGGAAUUUGUGGCGAUUGUCGCACAGAUCUUCUCAGAGUUUCGCGUUGAGAUACUACAGGAAAACAAGGAGAGUGAGGCGGAUGCUAAAGCUCGAUUUGAGGGGGUGGUAGGUGAAAAGUAUUUCAAUGUAAGUACGCACUUGAAGAAGCCUGCAGACGGAGCGGUUCGCUUUGUACGACGGUAA